GCCCCAGCGCGCCGCCGCGGCACGCAGCCGCGGCGUCCGAGGAGCGCGGCCGGGAACCGGGAGUGGGGCCCGGGGGGCAGCGCGGGGCCGGAGCGAAGCGCGCGAGCUAUGAUGUCGACCUACAAGCGGGCUACGCUGGACGAGGAGGACCUGGUGGACUCGCUCUCCGAGGGUGACGUGUACCCAAACCACCUGCAGGUGAACUUCCGAAGCCCCCGGAGUGGCCAGAGGUGCUGGGCUGCACGGACCCAGCUGGAGAAGCGGCUGGUGGUGCUGGUGGCACUUCUGGCGGCAGGAAUGGUGGCCUGCUUGGCAGCUGUAGGCAUCCAGUACCGGACAAGAACCCCCUCGGUGUGCCUAAGUGAGGCCUGCAUCUCGGUGACCAGCUCCAUCUUGAGCUCCAUGGACCCUACGGUGGACCCCUGCCAGGACUUCUUCACCUAUGCCUGUGGCGGCUGGAUCAAAGCCAACCCCGUGCCUGAUGGCCACUCACGCUGGGGGACCUUCAGCAACCUCUGGGAACACAACCAAGCCAUCAUCAAGCACCUCCUCGAAAACUCCACGGCCAGUGUGAGCGAGGCAGAAAGGAAGGCCCAGGUAUACUACCGUGCAUGUAUGAACGAAACCAGGAUUGAGGAGCUCAAGGCCAAACCCCUGAUGGAGCUGAUCGAGAAGCUCGGGGGCUGGAACAUCACAGGGCCCUGGGACAAGGACAACUUCCAGGGCACGCUGCAGGUGGUGACGUCCCACUACCGCACCUCGCCCUUCUUCUCCGUCUAUGUCAGCGCCGACUCUAAGAACUCCAGCAGCAAUGUGAUCCAGGUGGACCAGUCUGGCCUGGGCUUACCCUCGAGGGAUUAUUACCUGAACAAAACCGAGAAUGAGAAGGUGCUGAUGGGAUACCUGAACUACAUGGUCCAGCUGGGAAAGCUGCUGGGCGGAGGGGACGAGGACACCAUCCGGCCCCAGAUGCAGCAGAUCCUGGACUUUGAGACAGCGCUGGCCAACAUCACCAUCCCCCAGGAGAAGCGCCGGGACGAGGAGCUCAUCUACCACAAAGUGACGGCAGCCGAACUGCAGGCCUUGGCGCCCGCCAUCAACUGGCUGCCGUUCCUCAACACCAUCUUCUACCCCGUGGAGAUCAAUGAAUCCGAGCCUAUAGUCGUCUACGACAAAGAGUACCUGAGCCAGGUCUCCACCCUCAUCAACAACACAGACAAAUGCCUGCUGAACAACUACAUGAUCUGGAACCUGGUGCGGAAGACAAGCUCCUUCCUCGAUCAGCGCUUUCAGGACGCCGACGAGAAGUUCAUGGAAGUCAUGUACGGGACCAAGAAGACCUGUCUUCCUCGCUGGAAGUUUUGCGUGAGUGACACAGAGAACACCUUGGGCUUCGCCCUGGGCCCCAUGUUCGUCAAAGCGACCUUCGCCGAGGACAGCAAGAACAUAGCCAGCGAGAUCAUCCUGGAGAUCAAGAAGGCGUUUGAAGAGAGCCUGAGCACCCUGAAGUGGAUGGAUGAAGACACUCGGAAAUCAGCCAAGGAAAAGGCGGAUGCGAUCUACAACAUGAUAGGCUACCCCAACUUUAUCAUGGACCCCAAGGAGCUGGACAAAGUGUUCAGUGAUUACACCUCGGUUCCAGACCUCUACUUCGAGAACGCCAUGCGGUUUUUCAACUUCUCAUGGAGGGUCACUGCCGACCAGCUCCGGAAAGCGCCCAACAGAGAUCAGUGGAGCAUGACCCCACCCAUGGUGAACGCUUACUACUCGCCCACCAAGAAUGAGAUCGUGUUUCCGGCUGGAAUCCUGCAGGCACCGUUCUACACCCGCUCUUCACCCAAUGCCUUAAACUUUGGUGGCAUCGGUGUCGUCGUGGGCCACGAGCUGACUCAUGCUUUUGACGAUCAAGGACGGGAGUAUGACAAGGACGGGAACCUUCGGCCCUGGUGGAAGAACUCAUCCGUGGAGGCUUUCAAGCAGCAGACCGAGUGCAUGGUGGAGCAGUACGGCAACUACAGCGUGAACGGGGAGCCGGUGAACGGCCGGCACACCCUCGGGGAGAACAUCGCUGAUAAUGGGGGCCUCAAGGCGGCCUAUCGGGCCUACCAGAACUGGGUGAAGAAGUACGGGGCUGAGCAGACGUUGCCCACCCUGGGUCUCACCAAUAACCAGCUCUUCUUCCUGGGGUUUGCACAGGUCUGGUGCUCCGUCCGCACACCCGAGAGCUCGCACGAAGGUCUCAUCACCGAUCCCCACAGCCCAUCCCGCUUCCGGGUCAUCGGCUCCAUCUCCAACUCCAGGGAGUUCUCGGAACACUUCCACUGCCCGCCCGGCUCACCCAUGAACCCUCGUCACAAGUGUGAAGUGUGGUGAGAGGGGUGGAGCACCAAGAACCAAGACGGAGGAAGCAGGGCAGGGGCUGAGGACCAGCCCCCGGGGCGGGGCCGACAAGGCUGCCCGCGCCAUCCGGCGUCCAGGGCGUCGCCCGGCCCCAUCGGCCACCUCGGGCCCCCUUCCCCUCGCUGGAGGGUUUUCAGCCCGAACCAAGUCUGUGAUGUGGGUUCUCACAUUAAUCCGAGAUUUGCUCCCCUGUGAAGACCCGGUCAUCCCAGGCACACGUGUGUCAACUCUGAUGGGCAUUUGGGUGUCAGGCUGGUUGCUCACCAGGCCUGGGCCCGACGCCGACACGGGCAGCGGGACACAGCCUCCUGCCCACGUCCAGCGCCAGAUACACCACAAACACCACUGUGUCAGUGCUUUAAAGAUGUAUUUUUGGGGAAACUAUUUUUUAAACAUUGUGGAAUACACUGGAAAUCUUCAGGGAAAUAACGCAUUUGAAACACUUUUUUUUUUUUUUAAGGAAAGGAUUGAUUAUAUUUAUUAUGUUCUGUUUUUCUAAAUAACCUGUGGACAAGCCCCACUGAUUUACCCCCCUCGCUUCCUCACUUGCUGCAAGGUUGGGCUGAAGCAGGAUCCCCAGCCACUGAGCAGGUCCCCUAAUGGAGAGCUGCCUCCGUCCUUGGGGUGUGCGGUUUCAGCCUCCUCCCUUGGUUCUUGGUCCCCUGGUGCAGAGAGGAGAGGCACAGAGGCCCGGCAGAGGGAGGGGCCAGCUCGUUGGUACCGCCCCCUCAGUGUGCCUGCCUCUGUCCCCAGAGUCCAAGAGUGGGAACCCCAGCAAGGAAGAUCUGACCCCAAAGUCACAGCAGGGGACUGAUGGCUACAUGAGGCCAGGUCAGGGCCCUCAAACCCUGUCUGGAGGUGCCCGAGCACCCUGGAUCCGGGUCACAGGAGCCCUGCGAGGCUGAGACAUCCCCAUCAGGUGUACUCUGCCAUGCCAUAGAUGUCCUCUUUCUGUCCCCCUUCUUUUGGCUGCCCCCUGUCAGUCCCGGGGCCUGUUGCCUCUCUGCAGCAUCCUGCCAUCCCAGCCACUUUGGGUUCUGCCUUGCAGACCCUCUUCUCCCAGGGAAGAAGGAAAGAGAAGGCAGCUCUCAUUGCCCAAGGGCCCAAAUCCUCCCUUCAAGCUCCAUCCUCCACCACUGGCCCGGGCCGGGCUCCCAGGACCGCAGCCAGGCCCGCCCGCCCUUCUCUAGUGCCUUAUCCAAGGCUGCGCCUGGGCUCCCCGCAAGGAGACAGCCCUCCGCCCCCAGGGGCCCCUUGGCCUCCUCCAUGAAGCCCCCCAAGUGUCCUGACUGGAACACAAGGCCAUACCCCCUACUGCCAGUGCCACACAGCUGCCCCUCAUGGCCACCCAGAGGCUCUGGCCUGCAGGUCUGCGGCACUGAGGUCAGGAGUCUGAAGAGCCCCUGAACUUGCCCUGGGCUCCGGCCCACCCUCAGCCCCUUGGGUUGAAUCAAGACGAUACUUGGGGGCUUCCCUGGUGGCACUAGUGGUUGAGAGUCUGCCUGCCAGUGCAGAGGACACGGGUUCGAGCCCUGGUCUGGGAAGAUCCCACAUGCCGCGGAGCAACUAGGCCCGUGAGCCACAAUUGCUGAGCCUGCGCGUCUGGAGCCUGUGCUCCGCAACAACAGAGGCCGCGAUAGUGAGAGGCCCGCGCACCGCGAUGAAGAGUGGCCCCCGCUCGCCGCAACUAGAGAAAGCCCUCGCACAGAAACGAAGACCCAGCACAGCCAUAAAUAAUAAAAUUAAUAAAUUAAUUUUUAAAAAAAAUAGAAAAAAAAAAAAAAAAAGACGAUACUUGUAGCAAGAUCCACUUCUCUUCUUGGGGGAUGCACUUAGCCACGGGAGGCUGCGAGGGGAAGGCUCCCCAACCUGGUUGGUCUGGCCUGAGGUGCUAGGGGACCAGGAAUGUGGUCCCCUCCCUGCGGCCACAGUUUCUCUGGGCUCCCCACCUGGUGGAGCUCGCGUAGCCCCAGGCUGGCCCUGAGGAAGCAGGCACCCAUGACCGAGGCAGGAGCCGCCUCAGCCCUCCUGCCUGGCAACCAGGCCGCCGGGCCAGCCCCGCUCCCACAGGGAGCCGGAGUUCUCCUCGCCCACGGUGAGCAGAGGCUCGGCCACUGCCUCGCCCACCUUCAGCUCGGCCCUGCCUCUGGGGCAGGGGUGUUGGCAGCGGGCUCCAGGUGAGGCCCCUGGUCCCCACCAGCGGCGAGCCUGCUGUCUCUUCAGAGGAAAGGGAGGACAGGAGCCAGAGAAGGAGCUGGAGUGGGGAGCCCGCCGUGCGCACCUCACCGCGGAGGGACUGGCUCUCCUGGGCCUGCGCCCUCCCCUCCACCACCCUCCUGCCCUCCAGCCUUCCCCGAGGAGGGUCGCAGUCCCGGCACCGUGGGCUGGGACCUGCCAGCCAGAAGCAGGGGUCCUAGGGCUGAGGGUCCAGCCGGAGGGAACGUCCUCUGCCCUCAUUGCUUCAGGGAGUGGCAGGGGGCAGGCCGAGGAGGACUCGGGACCAGCAGGGAUGGAAGCAAAGGAAGCACUCCCACUGCCUCCCCCGCAGAGCCUUGGGCAGCUGCCCUCUGAGAGGCCCCUUCCUCCUAGGCCUGGGGAGCCAUAGGGGCGGCUUCUCCGUGGGCACAUGGACAUGGGGUUUGGAGCUUGGAAUCUAUUUUUUGUAUUAUCAUGUUUUGUGCUACUGUAGUUUUGGUGUGGCACUAUUGUAACUGAAAUAAAGUACUUGUACCGAGGGC